AUGUCAUCACCAAUUGAUAUUGACACACUCCCGUAUUUCAACCCCAAUAUUGAUCGACGAGUGGCAAUCAUAACUGGAGGGAAUAGCGGUAUUGGGUUCUACACAGUUUUGCAUCUAUACCUACAUGGAUAUAUUGUAUACAUCGCUAGUCGGUCAAAAUCGCGAUGCUUGAAGCUGAUUAAAGAAUUGGAAUAUCGAGCUAGUCAAAUGAGACUUUUGGAUAAUGGACGUAGUCAGCAUCAACAUCAUCAAGGUGCGAAUGGAACAAGUACAGGUGGUGAGGAAAAUGAGCGCAGCUUUGGUGAAGUACAUUAUUUGGAAAUGGAUUUGAGCAAUCUACAAUCAAUAGUGACUGCUGUUGAAACUUUCAAGUUAAAAGAGCGAUAUCUUCAUUUACUAAUCAAUAACGCAGGGGCAAUGGCUCUUCCGUAUAGCAAAACCAUCGAUGAUUUUGAAAUCCAACUACAAACAAACUUCAUAUCCCCAUUUUUGUUAACCUUGAAAUUAUUACCGAUACUUGAACGAACCAGUGAUGCAUUUCCCCAAAUUGAGCCAAGACCGCGAGUCAUCUACUUAAGCUCCCUGGGUCAUCAAUUUGCCAUUCGAUACUUCAAUCUAAAAACAUCGUUGGACUAUAGGCCCAAUUUCGUAUUGACUUGGAUUAGAUAUGGAGUUGCCAAAACUGCCGGAAUCCAUUUUAUGAAAAUGUUGGCCUUGCGUAACCCAAAAGUAUUGUGUGUCUCAGUGCAUCCGGGGUUGGUCAUGAAUACAAAUGUAUUUGCAUAUUGGACAAACUUGCCCAUUGUGGGCAUCAUAUUUUGGUGUUUUUUCCAAAUAUUUGCCUGGUUGUUUGGAGUCACUUCUGAACAAGGUGCAAAUGAAGUUAUACGAAGUUCGUUGAAUCCAUAUUUAUCAGUUGAGGAGAACAAUGGGAAAUAUUUCGGGUUAAAUGGCAAAGAAUUGCAGCCGUCGAAAGUUGCUGAUAACAUGGAUUAUGCGGCGAGAACUUGGAUAUGGACUGUGCAUGAAUUAAGCAAAAGAGGGUUCAUCACACCUGGCGCAUAG